AUGAAAACAAUUUUAACUUUUUUCUUAAUUUUGCAGUUUUUGCAAACAGCGUCUACCUUUUUCGAUAUUGAUGAGCUUAAAAGCUUUAACUAUGGUAUCGACAUUAGAAAUGAACCAAUAGUUAUGAAAUCUCAGUCUGAUGAUGAGGCAGAUCUUAAUACUGUACACCUUACCUCAAAAUAUGGACAAUCCUACCAGUGUAGCUUUCCAAAUACUGUAGAACAUGAGAAGCAGAAAGAAGAAGCUGAAAAGGUUGCCAUGGAGACAGGUAUACCAGAUUUACUGAAGCCAAUGGAAAGUGCACCAUGUUUAAGAAAGACAAAAGAUUGGUGGAGCUAUGAAUUCUGCUAUGGAAAACAGAUCAAACAGUUUCACAUGGCUGAAGAUGGUAGAAUAGAAGGGGAGAUAAUUUUGCUUGGGCAUUUUGAAUCAGAGUAUAACUGGGAUGAAGAUUCUAAUAAGUCUGAUAGUGAGAAGAAGCAGAACAAAGUCCGGAGAUAUCAUACGCAGCAAUAUGUGAAUGGUAGUAGAUGUGAACUCAAUGGGAAAUUGAGGAGGACUGAAAUAAGGUUUAUGUGUGAGGAGGGUUCAGCAGACUAUAUUUCCCGACUAGAUGAGCCGGAAACCUGCGUUUACAUCAUGACUAUACAUACAAUGAGAAUAUGUCAUCACCCGUUCCUGAAACCACCGACCCCUACACAGACUGUCACCAUCACAUGCAAUCCUCUACUGACAGUGAUCCAAUACCAAGAAUAUCUGGAUCAGUUAGAAGCAAAAGAAGAAAUGGAGAGAUUAGAGGAAGAAAAGAGACAAAAAGCUGAAGAAGAAGAAAGAAGAAUUAAAGAAGAGAAAGCCAAAUAUUUUAAAGAAAAUAAUCCAGAAAUAGAGGAGGAUGGUAUAGUUGAGGUAGAGGAUGAAGAACCAACUAGUCCAGCAGAUCUUUCUACCGGGGACCAGGAUAGCUUGUUUGGUAAUGACUGGUCCAGUCUGCUUAAAGAUGCUAAAGCAACAGGUGAUGGUAGUCCUGUUAAAAUGAAGACAAUGUACAAGGUAGUACAGUCACCUGAAGAUCUUAAAGAUUUCCUUAAAGACACAAUUGCAGAGAUGAAAAAGUUGAAGGAUGAGAAUAAAGUAGAUAAUCCUGGAGAAUUAGAGGAGGAAGAAGAUAAAGAGGAGGAAGGGGAAGAUGGAGAGAAAAAGAUGAAAAUACCAAAGAUACCUGAGAAAGGAAAACCACCAGUGUUUAAAGAAUUAUAUACAGUAGAUGAUGUAGAUGAAGAUCUAGAAGAUGCAGAACUAGAUGAGCUUGAUACAGAAAUUAAAACAUUGAAGGAACGUUAUAAAAACAGAAGGGACAAGCUCACUGGCAUCAAAAAUAAAGUAAAAUCUUCUAUGGAAUCUCAGUAUGAAUCUAUUAUAAAAGAGGCUAAAGAAGAGUUGGCAGCUGAUGAAGGUUUAGAGAAUGAGGAACAGAUUAGAGAGAAUAGACAGGCAAUCAGACAACUUACCAAGACUAUAGAUCAUCUUCUAAAUAAACUUGAUAAAACAGAACAAGAGAUAAAGUCAGUUGAUAAAGAAUUGGAACAGAUAGCGGAGUAUGACAGUAAUGAGAAAGAUGUAAAGUCUAUACCACCAGUAAAAGACUCAGAUACUCUCACAGGUGAUUCAGCAGCACAAGGUCCAACAAAAACCAUAGACAAUCGUGUAAAAGUACGAGUUAGACGCAUUAACAAGGAUGGUAAGAAUCCUUUAGCUGGAGACUUACAGACUAAACAAACAUCUGAUUUGGAGAAAAGUGUACAGAAAGAACUAGAAAAGGCAGGUCUUGGAAACGGAGAUAACAUUCAGGUGAAGAUAAUUACUACAGGAUAUGUUGAUGGGGAUGAUGACACCUUGCAUAUUUUAUCAGAUGAGGAGUCCGAAACUUUCAAGAAUAUGAUAGUUGACAUGAUUGGAGGUCAUUCUGAGGUUGAUAAAGAGCAGGCCAGGCAGGAUGAACAAGAAGAGAACUAUAGUUUUGUCUGGGGGAAAAAUUCACCAGCAUAUCCAAAAACUCCAGUCAUAUCAGAUGGUACAUCAAACAAAGAGGAUACAAUACAUGCAGAGGAGAGUACUACAGACACGGAGGGUAAUACUAACACAGAGGAACAUCAGGAUAUAAUUGUAGAUAUACAAGAAAAAGAGGAAGAGUCUAUUGAUGAUGUGGAGAAUUCAUAGCAAACUUGUCGUAAUCUCACUGAUAUUUUCUUGCAAAUAAAUGAACCAGAUAAUGUGAUAUUCUUUUUACUAUUAUGAAAUUUUGAUAAUUCUAUUCCUCUUUUUGAAUGUCCAAAUUAUAUAUCAAGGGUUUGGUGCAAAACAGCUUUAGUUCAUAUAACAUAAUGAAGGAGUUAUGUCCGUUUUGCACUGAUCCAUCAAUAUGUUUCUUUGACACUCUAAGUUCAUAUUUUAUUUCAUUAUUUUACAAACAUACAUACUUUUUUCUAGGUGUUUACUUACUUAAUCUGAUUUUUUUUAGAAAAAAAUAAUGCCAUAAAUCUGUAUCACUAUUUCUGUAAAAAUUAUAUUUUAUAUGAAAUUUUUAUUGCCUCCUUAAUUGUUAUGCUUGAUUCGAAAAACAGUUAAAACACCUUGAAAAAAAAAAAUAUAAUCUUUAUUGUAAUAAAAUAGUUCAAUUAAGACUGAAGGAAAGCCACAGAAAUCCAUCAAUUUUGUUUAAGAUCAUUGCAUCAAUGUAAUUUUAAUUGAUGGAAAGAUUAGAAUACAAUAUGGAUUGAUAUCAGUACAUUUUAUUUGCAGGUUAAUGGGUUAUGAGUUGUUAAUGUGUUCACGACCAUGUGAUAAUUUUCCGUAAGUUAUAGGGGCAAAAAAAAUACAUAUUUGAAGAUAUUAACUUUUAAAUGUUUUAUUUUUUUGUUCAGAUAUUGGCUGUAGAUAUAUAAUGUUUAAACAUGUAAAUUACAUUUUAUGGAUAUUUUGUUAUAUUUCAGAAAAUUAUUAUAAAUUUUGAAGUUUAAAAACAUCCUAAUUAUUGAAUUAUUCAUCGUGACAUGGCUGAUGAAAAUUUGUUGUACUCAAAAUUGUGUUAUUGUAUAUGGAGCUUAGAUUUGAGUAUUAUACUUUUAAAUUUAGUUUGAAUGUAGAUAUUAGAAAAGAAUUAAGCAAAUAAUAUUGUUUAGAUCAUUUCCAAGAUAUUUUAUCAGUUAUAUUUUGGAAUUAACAUAUCAGGAAUAUAGUUGCAGUGGUCACCCCAGCAUUAUUUCAAAGCACAGAUAUAAAUCUUUGACUGAUAAUUUCAUGCAUUGAAUUAAAGUAGAGAUAAUACUUUCAAUUUCAAAAGUAUGCUAACACUAAUACUGACUAAGCAUUUCAAGCGUUAAGUAAAGCUUUCAUAAAAAAUUUCGAGCACUUAUUUAGCUUAUUUUAAAAAUUCGAAGCACUACAUUAAAAAUUCCAAGCACUAGGUAAAGCUUCUUUUAAGAAUUUCAAGCACUAGAUUAAGCUUACUUUAGAGAUUGGUUAAGCUUACAUUAAAAAUUUCAGCACUGAUUAAAGCUGUAAAAGCUUAUGAAUGGAAGAAAGCUUUAGCCUAGUAGCUAAAGUGUCUGGCUCUCAAACCAGAAAUGGAGGGUUUGAAACCCUAUACAGGGCUUGCAACUAUUUUUCUUAUAUGACACUAAUACUUGCAAGUUCUUGGUUUAUUUAGAAUUUAUUUUAGUUUGAUUGUGUAGGAACCUUAUAGCUUAUAAACACUUUCUCGAAUCUGUUCAUGGAACCAACCAAUACUGAGCAAUGAGUGUAAAGUUUCUUGCUCAUGGAAACAAGUGCUAAAGUGCAUUUAAGAAUUUCAAGCAGGGAAUUAAGUUUCCACUAUAAGAAUUUGUUAAUUCAGUCAGACAAGAUUUAACUACCUAAUAAAUUGACAGAAGAACAAAAAAAUUUCAACAACAGAAAUACUCCAUGCACAAUAGAACUCUUAAUAGUACAGAGCUAGAGCUAGGAUUAUUAAUUGCAAGUAAAGGUAAAGAUAAUGUAAUUAUCCCCCGCCGAUGGAAUCGGGAGGGGGAUAUAGUUUUGGCGUUGUCCGUCCAUCCGUCCGUCCGAAUUUCGUUUCCGGAGUAGUUCUCUGCAACUACUGGCUGGAAUUCAACGAAACUUUAUGGGAAUCAUCAAUAUCAAGAGGAGAUGCGCAUAUCAUCGGCUUAUUCCGGUCCAACCAUUUAACUCAGAGUUAUGGCCCUUGAUUAGUUAUGCAGUAUGCAUAUAGAGUAAAAAUCGUUUCCGGAGUAGUUCUCUGCAACUACGGGCUGGAAUUCAACGAAACUUUAUGUGAAUCAUCAAUAUCAAGAGGAGAUGCGCAUAUCGUCGGCUUGUUCCGGUCAGACACUUUAACUCAGAGUUAUGGCCCUUGAUUAGUUAUGUAGUAUGCAUAUAGAGUAAAAAUCGUUUCCGCACUACUUCUCUGCAACUACUGGCUGGAAUUCAACGAAACUUUAUGGGAAUCAUCAAUACCAAGAGGAGAUGCGCAUAUCAUCGGCUUGUUCCGGUCAGACACUUUAACUCAGAGUUAUGGCCCUUGAUUAGUUAUGCAGUAUGCAUAUGGAGUAAAAAUCGUUUCCGCGCUACUUCUCUGCAACUACUGGCUGGAAUUCAACGAAACUUUAUGGGAACCUUCAAUACCAAGAGGAGAUGCGCAUAUCGUCGGCUUGUUCCGGUCAGACACUUUAACUCAGAGUUAUGGCCCUUGAUUAGUUAUGCAGUAUCCAUAUAGAAAAAUAUUUGUUUCCUCGCUACUUCUCUGCUACUACUGGCUGGAAUUCAAUGAAACUUUAUGGGAACCUUCAAUACCAAGAGGAGAUGCGCAUAUCGUCGGCUUGUUCCGGUCAGACACUUUAACUCAGAGUUAUGGCCCUUGAUUAGUUGUGCAGUAUCCAUAUAGAAAAAUAUUUGUUUCCUCGCUACUUCUCUACUACUACUGGCUGGAAUUCAAUGAAACUUUAUGGGAUACUAAGAGGAGAUGUGCAUAUAGUCGCCUUGUUCCAGUCAGAUACAUCUCAUUGGGAUUUCCAGAUUUUACUUUUUAACACAAAGUUAUGGCUCUGUUAUUGCCCUGAAUAUUUAUCAAGUUCAAAGAAUAUUACUGUUUAUGCCAUGAUUAAUAUAUAAAUAAAGCCUUAUGUCUUCAGUUGUUGUGUUAAUAAUAACCAGUACUCGGCGGGGGAUAUAAAUUCAACGAAUUUGCUUGUUAUUCUGACUUUUUUGUUGUUGUAUUUUUAAUUCAGCUUGGUAAAUUAAGUCUGCAAAUAAAUUGUUCAAGAACAAGCAAGGUUAAGAUACCCAAAUGCUUAGAUUUUAUUAGUACAAAGAUACAUUUGUAGUAGUUAGUGACCAAGAAAUUUAACCUUUUUGAACUCAAGGUUACAAAAUCAAGUCUGAAUUUCUUUUGUUAAAAUAAAAUAUUGUCAUAUAAAUCAAAAUCUAUUUAAACAGUGCAUAGUAUAUUAUAAGACAGUUUCAGUGGCUUGCCUUCAAAAGACAUAUGAGCCGUGCCAUGACAAAACCAACAUAAUGGGUUUGCGACCAGCAUGGAUCCAGACCAGCCUGCGCAUCUGCUCAGUUUCCUACUUGUAAUAGAGUUGGUAAGCGAACAACAUGGAUCCUGAUCAGUUUGCAUGGAUGCGCAGGCUGGUCUGGAUCCAUGCUGGUCGCAAACCCAUUAUGUUGGUUUUGUCAUGACGCGGCUCAUAUAUAUUUAGUGCUACCUGGAAAUAUUUAUUUUUAGCUUUUAUUUCAUAUUCUGGCAGCAAUUGAAUUUUACAAAUUCAACCAGUGCAGACCAUGAUGUCUGAUCAUGGUCUGCCUUGAGCUUACUUAAAGUUAUUUCCCUAUAAAUGAUAAAUGGACUUGUCCAUACUGAAAGAUGGACAAAUCCAUUUAAGAUAUUUAGUAUGAUAAGGGUUAAAUAGGUUUAAAGUUUAUAGCAUAGAUAAAGAUUUUAGAUAACGUAGAUGUUUUUAGUGUCUUUUUGGUACAUUUUUUGGAUUAAUUUUGUUUAUGUUUUGUUGAUGUUGUAUGUAAUUUUUACGCUUUCUAUAAGAUUUUCUAGUCAGAUGAGUCAGCACUUGUGUAUGUUAACUCAAGGUUGUUGAGUUUAAAAAGAUAAGUUUAUAUUAUUUCUAUAAUUCCUGCUUUCAUUA